AUGACCUUUAACCUUGUGAGCUGAUCCGUGGUCCAACAUGGCGGUGCAUGAGUCGCUGGUGUUAUACACCACCGAUGACAAGUUCUAUGUGGAAGCCAGAGAUGAUGGUACCAAGGAACUCUUGGUCAUUGACAGGCUGAGUCAGGAGAUUUCACUAGAACAAUCUUCAGAUCAGAUCCCGCCCUUUGCUACAAGCCGGCCGAUAUGUGGACUGAUGGGGACGAUACGCCUUUUGGCAGGCCCUUAUUUGGUGGUCAUCACCAAGAAGUCAAAGGUCGGGGAAAUCAAUGGCCAGACCAUCUGGAAGGUCACAGGUCAUGAGCUUCUGCCUUACAAGAGGACAGUCAUGCAUCUCAAUGAACAACAGCAACAGUAUAACCGCACCUAUGAGUCCAUGAUCAACUACGUGCUGGAUACCAAUGACUGCUUCUUCUCAACGACCUAUGACCUCACACAUUCUCUACAGAGGCUGUACAACACUAGUCCUGAAUUCCUGCAAAUGCCACUUUUUGAGAGGGCUGAUCAGCGUUUUGUUUGGAACGGUCAUUUAUUACGAGAACUGGCAUCUCAACCUGAGCUGGGUCGUUUUAUAUUACCAGUCAUGUGUGGAUUCGUCUCGAUAAGAAUAGGCAUCUUGCAUGGCAAGCGAUUUGACUACAUCCUGAUCUCAAGACGGAGUUGUUUCCGGGCCGGGACACGGUAUUACAUGCGUGGCUUGGAUACGGAGGGACAUGUCGCUAACUUUGUGGAGACGGAACAGAUUGUGCAAUGUAACGGAUGGAGGGGCUCAUUUGUUCAGACGAGAGGUUCCAUACCACUUUAUUGGUCCCAACGGCCCAACAUCAAAUACAAACCAAAGAUAUUGAUAAGCCAAGCUCUCAACCAUAUGGAUGGCUUUAUGAGGCAUCUGGACAGCCAGGUGGUCAGUUAUGGUGAUCAAGUUCUGGUCAACCUGAUUGAUCACAGAGGGAUUGAGGACAGACUAGAGAAGACGUUCGCCAAAGCUGUAAUCGAUUCAGGGAACAAGAGUAUAAAGUAUGAAUCCUUUGACUUCCAUCAUGAGUGCCGUAAGAUGCGAUGGGACCGCCUCUCCAUCCUCAUGGACAGACUAGCAGCUCCUCAAGAAAAACAUGGGUGCUUCAUACUCAGUCCCACGAGUCAGCUUCUCAAGCACCAGACUGGCGUCUUCCGAACCAACUGCAUGGACUGUCUGGACCGCACCAACGUGGUGCAGAGCUUACUGGCUAGGAGAACGCUCCAAGAACAACUACAGAUGUUUGGGGUCCUAAACCCAGGUGAAAGCAUAGAUGAUCAUCUCACCACAGCAUUCGAAAGCACCUUCAAAAACACGUGGGCAGACAACGCUGAUUUCUGCUCCAAGCAGUAUGCAGGCACGGGGGCACUGAAGACCGACUUCACACGGACUGGAAAGCGCACACAUUUUGGAAUGGUGAAGGACUUGUACAACUCCAUGUUGCGGUACUACAUGAACAACUUUGUUGAUGGAUACAGACAGGAUUCCAUAGACCUCUUCCUUGGCAACCACAUCGUUGAGGAGACUGAAGGCAUCUUGGCACCGUCUCCCCUCAGGUCUAAGGGAGACGCCAAGUUCCUGCUGCUCCCUGUCAUCUGUAUUGUGGCGUUCUCAAUGGUCAUUAUUAGUAUUCUCAUCCCAGCCGCUGACAUCUAUCUUCAACUAGCCUACGUCUUCUUCUGGAUGGCUGCCACAGCUGUGUGUCUCGGACUCAUCUAUCUGUAUGGGUUGGAGUUUGUGAACCAGCCAAGGUUAGCGCAAGCUAAGACCAAACUGGACUAGUCACAGACUCAAAUGGAUAUAAUCAUCGGAGUUGUAGACUUGUCAAUUAUGAGUCUAUCACAAGUCAAUCGCAAGUCAAUUGCAAUUCAAGUUGAUCAGGAGUCAAAUUAUAAGUCGGUUCUGAAGUCAGAUCACAUGUAAAGCUGUGAACAAUAACGUAUGAAUUCUUUUGUCCAGUUCAUUUGGAUAGCUUGUGACUUGACGUGGAACUUGAUUUUCACUGUUGAUUGACUUUUGAGUUGCGAUUGCUUGUCAUUAAUUGAUUACAACUCUGAAAAAUCUCAGCUGUGACCAAAGUAAAGAUAAUAUGACGCUUGAAAUCCAGGUAACCUGGUCAAAAGGUUAGGGUCAGUCAAAACUGGAUUUCGAUAUUAGGUUUUGCCCUUCACUGCAGUAUAAACACUGUAUACUCAGUGUGUUACCUCCCGAGUGAAAGUUGGAAGAAAUCACUUUGGUGAGACUCGAACCCAUGACCUCCUGCUUUCUAGUGCAGACGUCUUAGCACUCGACCGCCGAGUUUGUGGGUUUAAAACUGGAUUACGAAUGCAUUUAAAAAAAUUAUUUAAACCGAAUGGCGCUGUUCAUAGUGAAAACCACUCUUGCUGCAGUAGACUUUGGUUUGGACAGCAAGUUACAGUGCAAGAGGUGUUGGGACUACUUCAAACAUUAAUUUUUAAGUUACAACCACUGACUUUAUUUCUGGCAUGUUGUCAAUGAAAAAGGCAAGCUGGAUUACAUGGCAAUUGGGCCAGAGUUUAGAAUUAUUUUCAAUACUAGGGUGAUAUAUUUUCCACUCAGUUGUUAAUGAAAAGUAGUACCUACAUCUCUUUUAAUAAUAUAGCUCAUUAACACACAAACAGCUGAUUAAUUAAUUGUAACUUGAAUAGCUUUCGGUAUUUGGAACCUUUGUUGUGAUCAUGAUGGUGAUUGUAGAUGAAGAAAAUCUUGCCAAAACCUGGAAAACGAAGACCAUUUUAUCACUCCAAUCUCUUCAUUUAAUAGCAAAAAAUACAUGAUUUUUUUUUUUUAAUGCCCCCGAUUUACAAUUUUACAAGUGUUUAAAUUGCUACACAUGUAUAUGACAUCUCAGGGUGUUCUUUGAGUUUGGGAAUCCAGUUCAUGAUUUUCAUGAUUUUCCUUCAUCGGCAAAGUUUAACCAAAUUUUAUAUUCUGUUAAAUAUUUUUUGACUUUCCUGUUGAAAUUUAGAAAGGAAUACGGUAGAUUGUAUAAAAAAUACUCAAUGUUUAUGAGUACAAUGGUAAGAAUAAUUUCAUGUGGUGACAGAUGGAAUGUUCCAUUCCAUGAGGUGAAGCCAAGUGGAAUGGAACAUUCCAUCUGUACAUGAAUGAAAUUAUUCUUUCCAUCGCACGAAUGUGAAACAUUCAUUUUUUUGCUUUACACAUUGGUAACUUGUAAACUGGUACUUUGAAUGUAUAGCAUCAGAGCCAUCCGAGCUGUGUUAUAGCGCUUCCAAUUGUAUGACCGUGCAAUGUAAGUUCUAUUUUACCGUGGAAUGGAACUUCUAUAUUUGCAGUGCGGCCGGGUCAUUUGUUGGGACAAAUAAUUUGAUGACACGUGAUCAACGACCCACUAAUCAGAUAGCGGGGAUUUAUUUAGGCGUUGUUUAAAAAUGAAUAUUGAAGGAAAUGCUUCACAGAUAAUCUGUUUGCUCUGUGUGUGUUGUCAAACCAUUGUGUUUCCUGCUAAUUGUCUUUACAAGGAUCCUUCUAUUCCAACCUGAACAUAAUUCAGCUAUUCUUAAUUGUUUUGAGGUUCAUCUCUGAAGAACAAAAACAAUUCCUUAAAAAAAAAAGGGAAUUUGAAAUAUUUAUAGCGGUAUAACCCACACAAAAACUAUAUCUACUUGUAGAACGAACUUUAUCUUUACUCACAUAUAGGAGGCUUAACAUUGAAAGAGACUGGUUUUCUUCAAAAAGGCAACUUUACAUACUAAUGGUGCAGAUUAAUCUAGUGUGUGCACAUGACAGUUAAACAGUUUGGGUUAUAGUCUUAGUUUCAUUUCUCAGUAAUCUUUUUUUAUAACACCCAAUCUUUUUUAAACACCAAAACAUGUAGCAGCACCUAGCAAAAACAAAAGAAGUGGUGAAGGCUAUUGUGCAAACUAUGUAAGCUGUUGUAUUUAUUUGCCUUACUUUAUAUGAAUGACACCAUGUUAAUAAAAAAAAAAAUUGAAAUUAUUUUUGGGCUAUAGAGGUGGUCUUGAACAAAAUCACCCUCGAUAUUAUAUUAUUUAAUAAAACCAUUUCAUAUCCAACAUGUGAAACAGCUUAUUUGAAAACUUGUUCUAUUACUAUUAACCUUGUUGUCAAGAAGUAAUAUAUUAUGAAAAAAUGUGUAAGCCUGUCUCCACCAAGUAAUAUGGGGAAAAAAUGAAUCUUAAUGACGCCCGUAAGCUUUUAAUGUGAUAUGAGCUUAAAAUCAUGUGAUUAUGAAUAUCUGUAUUAAAUAAACAUCUGUUCUGAAUGAGAAAUGG